UGCAAUUUGCCUCGUCUGGCUAGUCCACUAACAGACUUUUGUUCUUUACCUUUCUUUUCUUUGUCUUUUUUUUCCUUAUGUGUCUUCAGAAAGCCAUCAAUUGCACUCGACGACCGGAGCUUAUCAAUGUUCUGUAUUCUGCAUAUGAAAAUGAAAUAUGCCCACUGCUACCAAAGGUGGUUUUUGAACGGGUAGGAACCUGUGUGAGAAUAUCAUCUGCUGCCGAUAUAUUUCUGUGGCGUGUUCAGAGACUCUUUUUCCUCAGUGGGGAGCAGGACCUUUCAUCUUUUCUAUUAGUUGAUCUUGGACUGGUCAAAUUUCCAGAUUAUGCUUGCAAUAUUUCACACCAAGUUUUUGCAGGUCGAGAUGACCUUCUUGAAUAUGAAGAGGCCAUUGAAGUGGCACAAGUAAUGGAUGAAUAUCUAGAUGCAAACAAUAUGGAUAUGGUGAUAAGGUGCAUUGAUGUGUCUGAUAGCCACAUACAAGCUAGUUUAAUGGAAGAUACUCGGUCCUCAAUUCUUGACUCCCCACCAACAUUCUUUUCAUGUUUCUCGGCUUCAUGGGUCUACUCGAAAGUGCUCACUUUGGGUAUUUCUGUUUUUGAACAUAAGCAUAGGUAAGGAUGAUCCAUCUGAUAUGUUUUCACAUUGAAGUUUGCAAGAAAUUUAAGACAUCAAGUGGUCUCUUUGUAUUACAUGAUUAUUAGUCAUCUUUUAUCAAUGUUUAGAACCAAAUCUUGAUAUCUUGAUAUGCUAUUCUUUUAUUGAAUAGGUUACUUUGAGUUGCAUAUUUUGCCUAUCACCUGAAAGAGUCAUGAGAUAAUAAACAAUAUAAAAUGUUUCUUAGCUCACCAGCCACCUCGAGAAUGCAUUGAUGGCCUUUUCACUAUAAUAGAAGACCUUUGGAUACCUCUCACAAUUUUUUCAUUACAUUUCAUUAGAAAUCUAGGUUGAGAGACCUAAUUCGUAGAUCCACUUCAGUUAGCUGUCAUAAUCACUAUUUUUUAUAUUUUUUAACAUUUUUUAAUCAAAAUGAUGAAGGAAAAUGUGAUACUAAUUCAAAGAAAAAUAACAUUUAGUUUGAUAGGCAUUUCUUUUGGGCCUUUCAACUUUUCCAACACAUCCUUUAUGCCAACAUGGUGAGCAAAGCGGUGAAUACUUAAAUACAAAGACCAAAAGCAAGCAUUUUAAUCUGUUUUAUGUGAUGCAGCAAUCAUUGAAGAUAGCUGCUAAAGCCCAAGAGAGGGUGCAAUGGCUACAAAAAUCAUUCAUGGAAGUGAUCAAAUCACUAACAAGUUAAUGAAGGCCUUAACUUUUGAAUUGGAGCAGCAAUUUAGGUUUUCGAGGGCCCCAACUUGUAGGGAGGAACAUUUAUGAAGCAAGGCAUGACUGGAACUUCACCUAUUGGGCCCAGAUUUAUCACUGAUUGAUAGUCUUUUAAUUUCUUAUAGUAUUUUCAUAUUACUUUGGAAGUUAAUAAGGGGCUGGCCCAUGGUCGGCGGAACCAUUCUGAACCGCCUGGUUCAGGGUAUCUCGAGCCAUACAGGCAGUGGACCAGGACGGUUCUGUCAUCGAAAUCGAGACCCGUCCCCAGAGGGG